CCUAGACCUAACCCGGAAGUCUUUGAUUUCAACAAGGGAAACCAUUUCCACCAAACCACUGGAUUAUUUUAAAAGCCGGACACCAUGAAUCCGCUGACGAAGGUGAAGUUGAUUAACGAGCUGAAUGAGCGUGAGGCUGACCUUGGUGUCAGUGAAUCUGUUUCCUGGCACACUGAGUACAAUGACAGCGCCUGGGUUUUUGUUGGAGGGUUUCCUUAUGAGCUGACCGAAGGUGACCUGAUCUGUGUCUUCUCUCAGUAUGGAGAGGUUGUCAACAUCAACCUGGUACGCGAUAAGAAGACGGGGAAGUCUAAAGGUUUCUGCUUCAUCUGCUACGAGGACCAGAGGAGCACUAUCCUGGCUGUGGACAACUUCAACGGCAUCAAGAUUAAAGGUCGAACCAUUCGGGUUGAUCACGUUAAAAACUACCGUCCUCCCAAAGACAAUGAAGAUAUUGAUGAUGUAACCAAAAGUCUGAGGGAGCAGGGAUGUGCACCCAAAGACCCUGAUGCCCCACCCUCCUCUUCCUCAGAGGAAGACGAGCAGUACGCCGUACCUGUGAAGAAGCCCAAGAAAGACAAGAAAGAGAAGAAGAAAAAGAAGAAAGAGAAAAAGGAGAAGAAUAAGAAGAGGAGCCGGGCAUCGUCAUCUUCCUCUCCUCAUCCUCCUCCUCCUCCUCUUCCUCCUCCUGCAGCCAUCAGAGUCAAAGAGGAGAAGGAGGACGCCGCCUAUGACAAAUACAACCAGAACGGACAAAGAGCGAGGGAGACGGAGAGACACCGGGAGGACGAGGACAGGCGGAGAUGGACAGACAGGGAGAGGGACGAAGACAAGAGAAGAAACCGUGAGAUGGACAGCUAUAGAAGAAGAGAAACGGACCGAAGAGACGACAGAAGGUGGGACGUGGACAGAGAUGACAGAAGAAGAGACGCAGAGAGGGACAGAGAUAGAAAAGAGACAGACAAAGACAACAGAAGAAGAGAGACAGAAAGAGACAGAGACAAUGAGAGAAGAAGAGAUGGAGACAGAGACAACCGGAGAUGAGAGACAGACAGAGACAAUGGCAGAAGAUAGAGAUUCAGAUGAGUCCGUUAUGGAUUUGAGGGUUUUUGGACAGAAAACAGUUAAACAACAUAAAAUCUUUAGAUCUUUACAAGAAAGUAUUAAUAAAUAAUCAGAUUCCUGCCGUAUGAGCGUGUUCGCUGCUUGUCCUCUACAGACUGUCCACCCUAAAAACACUGGAUGUGAGCCGCCCCCUGCUGGCUGCUGCUGGUAUUACACCUACACAUUAUUAUCUGUUGACAUCUCUUUCUCACAUGUUGGACUUCCUCCCAAGUCAAAGUGGAACACACACACACAUCCUGCACAUUUUGUGUUGUUUAAAUUCGUUUUUAAUAAAAUAUUCUCUUCUGA